AUGCAGUCCCCUCCACAAUACAAGACAGGUCCUCCCACGCACAAAGCUCAACAAGACCCACAAUAUGCGAUACCCUGUUCCAACAAUUCCUCUCCUCGCAAAACCUCAUUGACAUACGGAGAGCACAACCUGCAUCCUCCAAAGAUUAUACAUUUUAUUCACAGCCCCAUAAAUCAUAUUCCCGAAUCGACCAGUUUACUAGUGACCCUCAAUGCCCUAUCUCAAGUCACUACCACCGGCGUAGGUGUGAUUUCCUGGUUGGACCACACCGAUAUCUCGCUAACGCUACAAGUACACAACCUCAUCCGGCCCUGGACCUGGAAAUUAAACCCCCUGCUCCUACAUGACAUUGACAUAACCGAAUCAAUAGCCAAAGACCUCACAGACUAUUUUGAACUAAAUGCCUCCAUCCCUGAUCACACUCUGUGCCACCCAUAA